GCCAGCUCGGAGGCCAUGGCGGCCUCGGCGGCCUCGCACCGGCCCAUCAAGGGGAUCCUGAAGAACAAGGGCGUCACCGACAGCCUCUCGGGCCUGCCCCCGCCCGCCGCCGGCGCCUCCGCGGGCCCCGGCUCCGCGGCCUGCGACGACGACUUCGGUAAGAAAUCCCAGAAGUGGGAUGAAAUGAAUAUCCUAGCAACCUAUCAUCCAGCAGACAAAGACUAUGGUUUAAUGAAAAUAGAUGAACCCAGCACUCCCUACCACAGUAUGAUUGGCGACAAUGAUGACGACAUCCUGAGUGACUCAGAAUCCAAUGAAACCCUGCCCCCAGAAGUCCUCGCCCAGAAGUUGUCGGCUGCCGAAGGCUCUGAACCAAAGUUUCUCGUUCACGAUGAUGAAAGUAGUGAAGAGGAAGAUGACCUGACACCCGAAGAACAAGAGAAAAGGCGUCAGUUUGAAAUGAAGAGAAAACUUCACUACAACGAAGGGCUCAACAUUAAGCUGGCGAGGCAGCUCAUUUCCAAAGAACUUCGGGGGGACGACGAAGACGAGGAUGAGGAUGAUGACACCGAAAUGAAACCUGGCAGGAGCAGCGAGUGCCAGAGCCAGUCCGGUGUUCCCUAGAAGAGUUGAGGGUAGCAGCUCCAGACCUCUGCUCCUUCACUGCUUCACGGUCUCCACACUUCACACCUUCGGGUGUCGAAAUGAAUAUCAGUGUAUUGCCAGGAAUGUUAAGGGUAACAUGAGAGAGCUCGACUGCUGGGGGAGGCAGAAAAGGCGGUGGGGAAGAGCUUGUGCCUUGUGCUUGCCUAAGAAGACUCCUGUUCACACUGGCAUUCCUUUCCUGAGAACACUGGUUAGUUGGUAUAGGCUUUAUCGCUUUGUAUGCUUUAAAAGUUAAACAGUAGCUUUUCGUUGUUAAUUUAUUUGCUACAGUUCAAGAGGUGAUAUAUCACGCAUAGAUUUUUAAAAAUCCAAAUGGUAUAGGAAGUAACAGGCUGAGAAAGUCUCAUCCUGAUUAAGGAUAGUAACCUUUUUUUUUUUUUAAUUGAAAAAGGGAUUCUUUUAGCAAAAGCUCUUCCGUAGCUCUCCCUGAUCUAGCAACUUUUCCUUUAGACCUUGAAAGGAAAGCCUGGCAUUUUUUAUCUGUUCCAAAGUAGCUGUUUUCACAGAAGCGUUUCGAGGUUCGGUUUGCACUAACCCCUGGCCUCCUACCCUUUUGUACACUCUAUGGGCAGAUUAGAAAUCUGUUUUUUUGUUUUUUUUUUUUGAGUGGGCACAACUCAGUAAUCUCUCCACCCCUUCCAUGCCAGCCCCCAUAACAAUCCGCCACAUACAUAUAAUCAACAGGUCCUUGAGAUUUGAUUUUCAAUAUGGUAGGAACUGGCCUUGUGUAGACUACUCCAUCACUUAACCAUUAUAGUAACUCGUGAGUAACCACAGUGGCUGAUUAGGGUUUCUAGUCUGCGUGGGCCUCAGGUGGAGCUGUCUUUAGUAAUGACAGCUUCACAAGAAUAUCACUCAAGAGUUUACCUGAAGAAAUUAAUUGUGUUCUUCCCCCACUUUGGGGAAUGUUCAGCCCAUCAAUCAAACUGCUGUUGAGUUCUUUUUCUACUUCAAUAGAUCCUAGGAAAUCCAAACUGCAUUGAUUGCAUGACUAGGAGAGGAUUGUGUGAUGUGAUCUGGUGUAAUUCACAGACCGUACUCGGUCUUGACGUGAGAUGAGUGUCAGUAGGGCCUUCUUCAAGAGUUGCUAUGAAAGCCACGUGCGCUCUCAUCUUCUCAGGUCCAAAUACUUGGGUUCUCUGUGCAGUGGAGGAUAAAUCCAGUGUGUUUCUUGGCCUGGUGACAGCUUAAUUUGUAAUCAGAUAUCUGUAGGUUAAAUUUGAUCCUUUUGAAAGCAGACUUUCCAUUAUAUGGAUAUACUUUUAAAAUUUCUUGUGUAUCUUGUAUAUAUAAAUAACUCUUUAUUGAGCAGCUUGACUAUUGAAACAUCAGUGUGUGAGUCAGUACAACAAUGAAGACUGGUUGCCGUUGGAAAAAUGUAGUACUUCUUUUACACAUUUUAUGAAAUAGAAGUAUUUUUUUACAGUGAGAAUCCAGAUAAGACCCUUGAAGCCACAGGGGCUGUAUCCCAACCAGAGGAAGUCUUGCUGGGACACCUUCCACUGCUUGUCCCCUCCUUCCUUCCUUUAAUACAGUGGUGUUACACUUUUUUAAAGCGUUCUGGCUCUGUGGGGAGGGGGGAGGGGAGUGCCUGAGUAAGGGAUCCCCAUCUUUUAUCUCGUUUUUUUGUGUUCUUGAGGUUUUUUAGGUUUUUGUGUUUAUGUGUGUGUGUGUGUGUGUGUGUGUGUAU